UUGAGCUUCAAUCAUUUGGACCUUAACACUAGCUCAAAUGGAGAGCUAACGGUAGAUAAGAAGUUUCCUGCUUGUACUUUGGUGAAGUCACUGCACGGGACCACAUUGAGCUAUGGGAAACAAAGACAAAUAGUCCCGUGGUUUGGGGAUUUUUUUCGACGCAACAGCCGGGUUGCAGCAGGUGGAAGCGGCCGCCGCCGACACAGAGAUGGUCAACUUAAACUGGAAGCCAUUCAUCUACGGAGGAAUAGCCUCGAUUGUCGCAGAAUUCGGAACAUUUCCUGUGGACCUGGCUAAGACCCGGCUACAGGUCCAGGGUCAGUGCCAGUACACGGAGGUACGCUACAAGGGCAUGUUCCACGCUUUCCUCAGGAUCAGCAAGGAGGAGGGAAUGCUGGCGCUCUACUCUGGGAUUUCUCCGGCUCUUCUGAGACAAGCUUCCUAUGGUACACUCAAAAUAGGAACGUACAACUCUCUGAAGAGGUUCUUUGUCACUCACCCAGAAGAUGAGACAUUGAUCAUCAACAUCUUCUGCGGGGUCGUAUCCGGGGUGAUGUCCUCUAUGCUGGCCAACCCCACUGACGUCCUCAAGAUAAGAAUGCAAGCGCAGGGCAGCCUACUGCAGGGCAGCAUGAUGUCCAACUUCAUCAACAUCUACCAGACUGAGGGCACCAGAGGGCUGUGGAGGGGUGUCAUCCCCACUGCCCAGCGGGCAGCCAUUGUGGUCGGAGUGGAACUUCCUUUCUAUGACGUCACGAAGAAGCACCUCCUUCGCUCUGGCCUCGUGGGAGACACCAUCCUGACACAUUUCAUGUCCAGUUUUACUUGUGGCCUGGCCGGGGCCAUCGCCUCCAACCCUGUGGAUGUGAUUCGGACUCGCAUGAUGAACCAGCGGGUUGUAUCUGGAAGCCCCAUGUACAAAGGAACGCUGGAUGGAGUGAUGCAGACGUGGAGUAACGAGGGAUUCUUUGCUCUGUAUAAGGGAUUCUGGCCAAACUGGCUGCGACUGGGGCCUUGGAAUAUCAUCUUCUUCAUCACGUUCGAGCAGCUGAAGAAUCUCCCGUUUUAACGCGGACCGCAUGUGGGACUGCGCUGGCCUGCUGGACAUUCCCAGAGAUAAGUGGAGUUUGAACAGAGCAGCAGCCAGGAGUUUAUGUGCACCAGCAAGCCCCCACUCUCUGUAAAUAAGACAGAACCUCACACUGCACUCGUGUAAAUAUGUUUUUUUACUGUCACCGUUUUUGUUUUCACACCAUUUUAGUUCCACGCUGUGUCAUUGGACACUCCUCAGGCAGCUAAGUGUGUGGAGAGCUGGCAAAGAAGGGAGAUUCAAUCAAAUGGGUCGCUCAAGUCACGAAUUAAUAAAAAAAAUUAUCCUCAUCAUGCA